UUCCUUAAAUAUUUUCUCACUGCCUCCUAUUAAAGGAGGAACAGAGCAUUUGUAUUUCAGCCUCAUACUUUCCUUCCACUGGCCAGCAUUCUCCUCCAUUAGACUAGAACUGUGGAUAAACCUCAGAAAAUGGCCACCCAGCAGGAAGCCUCUGAUGAGAGGAUCUCCCAGUUUGAUUAUGAUUUUCUGCCAGAGCUGUCUGCUCUUCUGGGCAUAGAUGCAGUUCAGUUGGCAAAGGAAAUGGAAGAAGAUCAGCAGAAAGUGCAGGCAAAAAUGCAGAAAGGCUACAACUCUCAAAUGCGCAGUGAAGCAAAAAGGUUAAAGACUUUUGUGACCUAUGAACCGUACAGCUCAUGGACACCGCAGGAGAUGGCGGCCGCUGGGUUUUACUUCACUGGGGUAAAAGCUGGGGUUCAGUGCUUCUGCUGUAGCCUCAUCCUCUUUGGUACCAGCCUCAGGAGACUCCCCAUAGAAGACCACAAGAAGUUUCAUCCAGACUGUGGGUUCCUUCUGAACAAGGAUGUUGGUAACAUUGCCAAGUACGACAUAAGGGUGAAGAAUCUGAGGAGCAGGCUGAGAGGAGGUAAAAUGAGGUACCAAGAAGAGGAGGCUAGACUUGGAUCCUUCAGGAAUUGGCCAUUUUAUGCCCAAGGGAUAUCCCCACGUGUGCUCUCAGAGGCUGGUUUUGUCUUUACAGGUAAAUAGGACACAGUACAGUGUUUUUCCUGUGGUGGAUGCUUAGGAAAUUGGGAAGAAGGAGAUGAUCCUUGGAAGGAACAUGCCAAAUGGUUCCCCAAAUGUGAAUUUCUUCAAAGUAAGAAAUCCUCAGAGGAAAUUGCCCAGUAUAUUCAAAGCUACAAGGGAUUUGUUGACAUAACGGGAGAACAUUUUGUGAAUUCCUGGGUCCAGAGAGAAUUACCUGUGGCAUCAGCUUAUUGCAAUGACAGCAUCUUUGCUUACGAAGAACUACGGCUGGACUCUUUUAAGGACUGGCCCUGGGAGUCAGCUGUGGGAGCUGCAGCACUGGCCAAAGCAGGUCUUUUCUACACAGGUAUAAAGGACAUCGUCCAGUGCUUUUCCUGUGGCAGGUGUUUAGAGAAGUGGCAGGAAGGUGAUGACCCACUAGAGGAUCACAGCAGAUGUUUUCCCAAUUGUCCAUUUCUCCAAAAUAUGAAGUCCUCUGUGGAAGUGAUUCCAGACCUGCAGAGCCCUGGUGAAGUUUGUGAAUUACCGGAAACCACAAGUGAAAGCCAUCUUGAAGAUUCAAUAGCAGUUGAUCCUAUAGCGCCAGAAGUGGCACAGGGUGAAGCCCAGUGGUUUCAAGAGGCGAAGAAUCUGAAUGAGCAGCUGAGAGCAGCUUAUACCAGCGCCAGUUUCCGCCACAUGUCUUUGCUUGAUAUCUCUUCCGAUCUGACCACGGACCACUUGCUGGGCUGUGAUCUGUCCAUUGCUUCAAAACACAUCAGCAAACCUGUGCAGGAGCCCCUGAUGCUGCCUGAGGUUUUUGCCAGCUUGAACUCUGUCAUGUGUGUGGAGGGUGAAGCUGGAAGUGGAAAGACGGUUCUCCUGAAGAAAAUAGCUUUUCUGUGGGCGUCUGGAUGCUGUCCCCUGUUAAACAGGUUCCAGCUGGUUUUCUACGUCUCCCUUAGUUCCACCAGACCAGAUCAGGGGCUGGUCAGUAUCAUCUGUGACCAACUCCUAGAGAAAGAAGUAUCUGUUACUGAAAUGUGCAUGAGAAACAUCCUCCAGCAGUUAAAGAAUCAGGUCUUAUUCCUUUUAGAUGACUACAAAGAAAUAUGUUCAGUCCCUCAAGUUAUAGGAAAACUGAUUCAAAAAAACCACUUGUCACGGACCUGCCUAUUGAUCGCUGUCCAUACAGACAGGGCCAGGGACAUCCGCCGAUACCUAGAGACGAUUCUAGAGAUCAAAGCAUUUCCCUUUUAUAAUACUAUUUUUAUAUUACGGAAACUCUUUUCACAUAAUAUGACUCGUCUGCAAAAGUUUAUGAUUUACUUUAGAAAGAACGAAAGUUUGCAGAAGAUUCAGAAAACUCCUCUCUUUGUGGCGGCGGUCUGUGCUCAUUGGUUUCAGUAUCCUUUUGACCCAUCCUUUUAUGAUGUGGCUGUUUUCAAAUCCUAUAUGGAACGCCUUUUCUUAAGGAACAAAGUGACAACUGAACUUCUCAAAGCAACUGUAUCCUCCUGUGGUGAGCUGGCCUUGAAAGGGUUUUUUUCAUGUUGCUUUGAGUUUAAUGAUGAUGAUCUCACAGAAGCAGGGGUUAAUGAAGAUGAAGAUCUAACCAUGUGCUUGAUGAGCAAAUUUACAGCCCAGAGACUAAGACCAUCCUACCAGUUUUUAAGUCCUGCCUUCCAAGAAUUUCUUGCGGGGAUGAGGCUGAUAGAACUCCUGGAUUCAGAUAGGCAGGAACAUCAAGAUUUGGGACCCAAAAUUGUGUCUCAUUUGCUCCAUUUAGUGGAUAACAAAGAGUCAUUGGAGAAUAUAUCUGAAAAUGAUGACUACUUAAAGCACCAGCCAGAAAUUUCACUGAAGAUGCAGUUAAUUAGGGGAUUGUGGCAAAUUUGUCCACAAGCUUACUUUUCAAUGGUUUCAGAACAUUUACUGGUUCUUGCCCUGAAUAUUGCUUAUCAAAGCAACACUGUUGCUGUGUGUUCUCCAUUUGUUUUGCAAUUCCUUCAAGGGAGAACACUGACUUUGAAAGUACUUAACUUACAGUACUUUUUCGACCACCCAGAAAGCUUGUCAUUGCUGAGGAGCAUCCAUGUCUCGAUAAAAGGCAAUAAGACAUCACCCAGAUUCGAUUUUUCAGUCCUGGAAGCAUGUUUGGACAAAUCACAGGCACCAACUAUAGAUCAGGACUAUGCUUCUGCCUUUGAACCUAUGAAUGAAUGGGAGCAAAAUUCAGCUGAAAAAGAGGAUAACGUAAAGAGCUAUAUGGCUAUCCAGCGCAGGGCACCACCAGACCUUAGUACUGGCUAUUGGAAACUUUCUCCAAAGCAGUACAAGAUUCCCUGUCUGGAACUGGAAGUCCAUGUGAAUGGUAUUGAUGCUGUAGACCAGGAGAUGCUCGAGAUUCUAAUGACAGUUUUCUCAGCUUCACAGCGCAUCGAACUCCAUUUAAACCACAGCGGAGGCUUUAUUGAAAGCAUCUGCCCAGCUCUCGAGCUGUCUAAGGCCUCUGUCACCAAGUGCUCCAUAAGCAAAUUGGAACUCAGUGCAGCCGAAGAGGAACUGCUUCUCACCCUGCCUUCCCUGGAAUCUCUUGAACUCUCAGGGACAAUCCAGUUACAAGACCAAAUCUUUCCUAAUCUGGAUAAGUUCCUGUGCCUGAAAGAACUGUCUGUGGAUCUGAAGGGCAACAUAAAUGUUUUCUCAGUCAUUCCUGAAGAAUUUCCAAACUUCCACCAUAUGGAGAAAUUAUUGAUUCAAAUUUCAGCUGACUGUGAUCCUUCCAAACUAGUAAAAUUGAUUCAAAAUUCUCCAAACCUUCAUGUUUUCCAUCUGAAGUGUAACUUCUUUUCGGAUUUUGAGUCUCUCAUGACUGCACUUGCUUCCUGUAAGAAACUCACAGAAAUUAAGUUUUCGGAUUCAUUUUUUGAAGCCGUCCCAUUCGUUGCCAUUUUGCCAAAUUUUAUUUCUCUGAAGAUAUUAAAUCUUGCAGGCCAGCACUUUCCUGAUGAGGAAACAUCGGAAAAAUUUGCCUACAUUUUAGGUUCUCUUAGUAACCUGGAAGAAUUGAUCCUUCCUACUGGGGAUGCAAUUUAUCAAGUGGCCAAACUGAUCAUCCAGCAGUGUCAGCAGCUUCAUUGUCUCCGAGUCCUCUCAUUUUUCCAGACUUUGAAUGACGACAGCGUGGUGGAAAUUGCCAAAGUAGCAAUCAAUGGAGGUUUCCAGAAACUUGAGAACUUAAAUCUUUCAAUCAAUCACAAGAUUACAGAGGAAGGAUACAGAAAUUUCUUUCAAGCACUGGACAACAUGCCAAACUUGCAGGAGUUGAACAUCUCCAGGCAUUUCACAGAGUGUAUCAAAGCUCAGGCCACAACAGUCAAGUCUUUGAGUCAAUGUGUGUUACGACUGCCAAGCCUCAUUAGACUGAACAUGUUAAGUUGGCUCUUGGAUGCAGAUGAUAUUGCAUUGCUUAAUGUCAUGAAAGAAAGACAUCCUCAAUCUAAGUACUUAACUAUUCUCCAGAAAUGGAUACUGCCGUUCUCUCCCAUCAUUCAGAAAUAAAAGAUUCAGCUAAAAACUGCUGAAUCAAUAAUUUGUCUUGUGGCACAUUGAGGAUGUAAAAAAAGUUGUUCAAUUAAUGCUAAAAACCAAAUUAUCCAAAAUUAUUUUAUUAAAUAUCGCAUACAAAAGAAAAUGUGUAAGGCUUGCUAAAAAACAAAACAAAAAACAGUCCUGCAUACUCACCACCAAGCUCAAGAAAUAAAUCAUCACCAAUACCUUUGAGGUCCCUGAAAAAUCCACCCCAGCUAAAGGUAAACCCUUCAAUCAAGUUGAUACAGCUAACCCUCUAUUGUCCAUGGUCAACAGGGAAGGGGUUGGGGACAGGUCUGCCAAUCUAUCUAAAAGCCACAAUAUGGAAGCAGCAUUCAAUUUAUAUAAUAAAUGGCUAAUUUAAUGGUUGAAUCAG